GCCCAAACACAAGUACUUUUUUUCUGUACUUUUCCCUAAUAAUUACAAGUAUUUAGAUUUUGGGAAGUUUCUAAAUUCUAAUUCGUGUCAAAGACUAAAAUUUGAAACUAGAGUAAAUUUUCGGAUCCGCUAAUAUAUGUAAGAGAUCAGAUCAGGGAUCGAUUAAGAAAACAUAAACCUAAUCACUGAACUAAUCAAUUAAGAUCGAAGACGAUGAUGCGGACAAUGGAGGAGCCGGAAUGUCACGGCGGCAGAAGAGUGACCUUCAUGGUAUCUCCGUACGAGGGACCACCACUAGAAGACGAUCCCAACGUCACGUGCGCCGCCGCCUGCCACCCCCACGCAAUUUUCAGCCUCUCCGUCUACGACCCGCAUCCUGACCGUGACGGCGGUUACUUCCGGAUCAGUAACCAGCGCACCACCGUCUGCCUGCCCCGCCGUCUCUUCUCGGAAAACCGGGAGGCCCGGCGCGCCCACAUCCGCCGCUUCGCGAACCUCUCGCACGGCCCGACUCCGAUCCGCUUCAACAUCCAGAACGCCAUCGCCGAUGAUGUGAUGGGCAGAGCGGGGAAUUCAGGGCGUAAUUUGGAAGUCCGGGUGCUCUCUUCGCUGCAUCGCGACGGUGUCCGGGCGAUGCCGGUAAUUCCACCGCCCGGAAUCCCGCCGGUCCCUAAAUUCCCGAAGGAAUUGCCAGUCAAAUCGUCGACGAAGAGGAAGAGGAUAGAGGAGGGCGGCGAAAAUAGUGCUGCUCAAGACCGGUGCGUGAUUUGUUUGGAGGAGAUGACGGCGGGGACGGAGGUCCCCGUCUUGCCCUGCGACCAUUGCUCCUUCCACGAAGAUUGUCUCCGAACAUGGUUUCAAAACCGUCUUGUUUGUCCUCUUUGCCGUCGAAGGCCUCUUAGAGAAGGUGUUUAUUAG